AUGCCGAUGGGUGGAGUACCUACACAAGGACCCCCAUCAUAUCCUGCACAGCCACAACCAACACAACAACAACAACAACAGCCACCUUCAACCGGAUUCGCAGGGCAACAGCCUCAACAAUCCGCACCGAGUUCCUCGCAACAGGGAUAUGCCUAUGCUCAUGGGGCUGGAGCAGCCCCUACCUUCGCUCCAACCUCUAGCACUGCUGCUCCUGGUCAUUCCGGCAAUGUCAAUGUUCAUCAAGCAAGCGCUCAUCCCACUGUCCCAAAAGCGGACACAAAAAGACCGCUUAAUCCUCCUCCGUACUCUCCCCAAAUAUUGGAGCACUUGGAUAAAUUUUCUGUGGGAACGCUUACUGUCAUAGGUCGUGAACUGGUUAGCGAGUUGACAACGAGAACGCAUAGCUUAUGCGUGUCGUUAAAAGCGGUAUCUGAACGGAAGCCACCAACUGCAGGAGAUCCGGAACAGCUUUUGGAGUACUGCCAAAUGCUUAUGGAUAAACUUGUUGAAAUAAGGCUUCGAAUAGAGAAAAAAGUUGGACGUAGGCGGUUGAAUACAACUGACUAUAUUGAACGAAUGAGUGAUAUGACCCCACCUGUAGACGAUGCACCACCAGAAUUGAAAGAGAAAAGGCAGCAGUUUGAAGAAAACAGAACGAAACUAUGCACGUUGAACAACGAUCUGAAGAUGCUUGAUUGGAUGGCCAGUGUGACGGAUCCGUCCCUUCUGAAGAAAGUCGAUAAAAUGGCCACAUCUGUUCGAGAACGGGAGUAG